AUGCAUCCAAUGAAUGCCGACCUUGAUAAUCCGUUUUUCGAAAGCGACCGUAAUCUCGAACUUGCCGUCCGACAGUUAGCCAACCUAACACCAGAAGAGCUGUUACAAAUGGCCGAAGAAGAAGGGAAAAUCCCUCCAAGAACUACCGCUUCCCCUCAUCGAUUCAAAAGAGCAACAACAGCCGCGCCAAAGCGGAGACCGUCCAUUUUUGAUUUCCGAUUCGUAAACCCAUUCGCUUUUGUGUCUCGGAUUAAUAAUCCGAAUUUCUUGGGCAACUAUAUCGUCUCGCCAUUCGCCUUUUAUCUACAGCUGUUCUCACCAUACAUGCUGGGGGUAAGUAAAGUUUUUUUUCGUAAAAUUGUAUAAAUAUUAGGGUGAACCAAAAAAUUUUUCCGAUUUUUUAUUUAAAAUUUAAACAUAAUUUUACAACAAAUGAAAACCGAAAUAAAAAUGUUUAUUUCGGACCAAAAGAAGAGAAAAUAGGAAAAAAUUUUGGUUCACCCUAAUAGAGCGCUCUGCCACUAUUCCAACCCCUAUUUUUAGACCGACGUCAUCUCGCCUCGAUUUAUGGUGGCCACAAUCUUCUCGCCGAUCGUGUUGGUCUUCCGAGUCCUCGCUCCAACCGCCUUCCAACUACAGUUGUUUUCCCCGCUUCUUUUGACCAGUUGGGUGUUGGCGCCAGAGGCAUUUUUGGCAAAAAUUUUUUCCCCAAAAGUUCUGGAUGGUCGUGCUUUGUCGCCAGAGGCAUUUUCGGCGAUUGUGAUGAGUCCUGGAGCUGGAGUUCUCCGUGUUGCAUCGCCAAAUGCAAUGAAUGUACUGGUUUUAUCUCCAUCUUUCUUUACAUACGGUCUGUUUUCGGGGAAUCGAUACGUUUUGCAGGUUUUAUCGCCUGGUAUUUUGGGUAUAGAUUCUCAUCCGCUUUUGAAACCCAACCCAUUUUAG